GCUGUCCCCGGCGGGGCCUGGCGCUUGCUGGAAUCCGCGCCGGGUCUCCUCUGCCUUUCACGGGAGGUGCUGGGUUUUUUUAUCGCGAUGACAAGAUCUUUACUGGGUGUAUUUGAAGAAGAUGCUACUGCUAUUUCCAAUUAUAUGAACCAAUUAUACCAAGCUAUGCACCGGAUUUAUGAUGCACAGAAUGAACUAAGUGCAGCAACACAUCUGACAUCGAAACUUCUAAAAGAAUAUGAAAAGCAGCGUUUUCCUUUGGGGGGUGAUGAUGAAGUUAUGAGCUCUACUUUACAGCAGUUUUCAAAGGUUAUAGAUGAGCUUAGUUCUUGUCAUGCGGUACUUUCAACUCAACUUGCCGAUGCCAUGAUGUUCCCCAUUUCCCAGUUUAAAGAAAGAGAUCUGAAAGAAAUACUGACACUAAAAGAGGUAUUUCAGAUUGCUAGUAAUGAUCAUGAUGCUGCAAUUAACAGAUACAGUCGAUUGUCAAAAAAGAGAGAAAAUGACAAGGUAAAGUACGAAGUAACAGAGGAUGUGUAUACUUCCAGGAAGAAACAACAUCAGACCAUGAUGCAUUAUUUUUGUGCAUUAAAUACUCUUCAGUACAAGAAGAAAAUAGCUUUGUUAGAACCUCUACUUGGAUACAUGCAGGCUCAGAUAAGUUUCUUUAAGAUGGGCUCUGAAAAUCUCAAUGGACAACUGGAAGAAUUUUUAGCUAAUAUUGGAACAAGUGUACAGAAUGUUCGAAGGGAAAUGGAUGGUGAUGUAGAGACCAUGCAACAGACAAUAGAAGACUUGGAAGUGGCCAGUGAUCCUUUAUAUGUGCCUGACCCUGAUCCUACCAAGUUUCCUGUCAAUCGAAAUUUAACCCGAAAGGCUGGAUACCUAAAUGCUAGGAAUAAAACAGGCUUGGUGUCAUCUACCUGGGAUAGACAGUUCUACUUCACGCAGGGUGGAAACUUAAUGAGUCAAGCCCGUGGAGAUGUGGCAGGAGGCCUGGCCAUGGAUAUAGACAACUGUUCAGUGAUGGCUGUGGAUUGUGAAGACAGGCGAUACUGUUUUCAGAUCACUUCUUUUGAUGGAAAAAAAUCUUCAAUUUUGCAAGCAGAGAGUAAAAAAGACCAUGAAGAGUGGAUUUGUACAAUAAACAACAUAUCUAAACAAAUAUACUUGAGUGAAAAUCCAGAGGAAACUGCUGCACGAGUAAAUCAGUCUGCUCUGGAAGCUGUCACUCCUUCCCCAUCUUUCCAGCAGAGACAUGAGAGCCUUCGUCCAGCAGGACAAUCUCGGCCACCAACAGCUCGAACCAGCAGUUCAGGAUCCUUGGGAUCAGAGUCCACCAAUUUGGCCUCCCUUUCUCUCGAUUCUCUUGUUGCCCCAGAUACUCCAAUACAGUUUGAUAUAAUUUCUCCUGUGUGUGAAGAUCAGCCUGGCCAGGGAAAAGCCUUUGGCCAAGGAGGCAGGCGUACAAAUCCAUUUGGAGAAUCUGGAGGAAGCACAAAAUCAGAAACUGAAGAUUCUAUUCUCCAUCAGUUAUUUAUUGUCCGAUUCCUUGGUUCUAUGGAGGUAAAGUCAGAUGACCAUCCAGAUGUCGUUUAUGAAACAAUGCGCCAGAUAUUAGCUGCUCGGGCCAUCCAUAACAUCUUUCGUAUGACAGAAUCACAUUUAUUAGUCACAUGCGACUGUUUGAAGUUAAUUGAUCCACAGACCCAAGUUACAAGGCUCACAUUUCCAUUACCGUGUGUAGUUUUGUAUGCUACACACCAGGAAAAUAAACGACUCUUUGGAUUUGUUCUCCGGACGUCAGGCGGAAGAAGUGAAAGUAAUUUGUCGUCAGUCUGCUAUAUAUUUGAAUCAAACAAUGAGGGGGAGAAGAUUUGUGAUUCUGUUGGAUUGGCAAAACAGAUAGCACUGCAUGCUGAACUGGAUCGUAGGGCAUCAGAAAAACAAAAAGAAAUAGAGAGAGUAAAAGAGAAACAACAGAAAGAACUCAGCAAACAAAAACAGAUCGAGAAGGACUUGGAAGAACAGAGUCGGUUGAUAGCUGCUUCCAGUAGACCAAACCAGGCUGGUAGUGAGGGCCAGGUUGUUGUCCUUAGCAGUAGCCAAUCGGAGGAGAGUGAUUUGGGAGAAGAAGGGAAAAAAAGAGAAUCGGAAGCAUAAACUUGUUUUUGCUUUUUGAUUGAUUUCCCCUUCCCCUGGAAUGUGGCACAAGGUAACCAUGUUGAAAGAUCAAGGAGGAGACUAAGCUUUAUAUUUGCUUGUUUCAGCUUAAUUUACAAAAGACUAAGCAUGAUAACAGGUUAUAUUGAGCAUAUCCUUAAAAAUAAAAUACUGCGCAUUAUCAUCAAAUUCCGCCUACCUAAAUAAGACCUGCUUACUUCCUGUAGUAGAUUGCUGAGGAAUCACACUUGCUCAAGAUAUUUUUCUUUCAAAUUGUGAACACUUUUUAUCUUGCAUUGUAAUUGGCUGUCUCCAUAAGAAAUUAUUUAUUCUUCAGAUUCUGACAUUCGUGUGUGUGCUCUCUCCCUUUCUGUAGGAAUAUCUUGUUGGUAGUGAGAGAGUGUUCAGCCGAAUGAGCUUAAAAUCCGUUCUGUGGAGCAUUCUACAAGUUUGCAAAUAUUCUAACAAUAUUAAGUAUGCAGUAGGAUUUGUAUGAAAUCACAGAACAGUGGCAGAUGGUGCUGUUGAUUUCAGGGCAUUUUCUGGUCUUGCCCCCGUCUCUGAUGAACUCUGUCAUGGCAGUAGGAAAGAGACUCAAGUGUCUUGUUGGUGUUGACACAGUCCUUGGUAUUUGUCACUGUCCUCUCAGUUCUCAGGUUGGGACUUUCAUUAUUGCUGCAGAGCAGUGAGGGUUAGAGUUUAUUGAAAGAUUUUGUUGUUGUUGUUCAAACAUUUUAUACUAGAAUUGACAUGUAAAGGGAGUGUUGUAGAGUGAUACAUUGUAUUUUCUGUAUUGUGAAAUAAUUUUUAUUAAUAAUAAGUGACUUCUCAAAAGGUGUUCUAUAACAAUUAUGUUUACUGCUUAGAAUAAAAAUGUGCAGUUUGGUUUAGAGAACAUAAUCUUUUAAAUUUCAGACUGAUAAUCCCAGUAUUUUCAUAAUCCCACAUUUUGAUAAUGAAUUGAAUUGCCACUUUAUAUCCACAAAGGCAAAUAACUAAUUUAUGAAUAUAGAAUAAUUUGUACUAAUUAUUGUAAAUACUUUUACUUUUCAAAUGAGUCACAGGUCUAAUUCCGUGAAAGACUGAAAAGGAAUUGAACUCCUCAUAUAGUAUAGGACCAAGGAAGGAGUUAACUUGCUACCAAGGUUGACAUGUCCCUGCAGUUUAUCUUCUGUCAAAACUCUUUCUUCACUCAGAUUUUAAUCUGUUUGUAGAUUUUGUUUUCAUGUGUUCUACAUGGAAAAGUGUAUAUAUACAUAUGUAUAAGGUUAAAUAUAUUGACUAAAGUAUUUUACAUAGUCAUACAUUUAUAGAUUUUCAAGAGGUUAACCACCAAUUUCACAAGUAAUUUUCUCUUAGUUCUGUAUUAGAAGUGGCUUCUGUUUUAGGUAUCAGAAUAUAGCUCAGAUUCACACUCAUUAAGAACAGUUUUCUGUAGUAAUGAGAUAACAUAUACAUACAAAUCUAUAUAUGUGUAUAUAUAUAUAUAUAUAUGAUCAUGAUAUUGUUUUUAUCCAUGUGCCAAAUGGAAGUAAUGGUUAUUUAAUAUACUUUAAAGUCUUAUAUUGCCUAAACAUACAGUUAAUUAGUAGCAAUUUAUGGAGUACAUUUGGCUAAAAGUAUAUUUUGUACUUACUAAAGGGAAUGCUUUCACAUUAGUGUUUCCUUCUUGUUAACCUAGAAAUUGCUGUGGUCAGUACUUGAUUAGUUGUGGCAAGUCUUGCUUUUAAGACUUUAUGGAGGUUGGUAAGGUUUCUGGUUUUUGUUGUUGGUUUUAUUUGUUUUGUUUUUGUUGUCUGUUUGAUUUUGGCAGUGCUGGGGAUCAAACCCAGUCUCUCACACAUGCUAAAUAAGUCCUCUACCACUGAGCUGCAUCCCCAUCCCAAGUUUUCAGUUUCAUGAAGUUUUUUCUUGAUAUAAGAUGUCCUGCGUACUUCAGGGGAAAUAUGUUGUUUUAUAGUAAGAGUGCUCACCAUCAGGAGACAGUUUUACUUGCUGCUGCUUUGCAUGGUAGCAAAAUGCUGCUAUUUGGAUAAAAAUUCAGGCUAGGGGUGAGGGUUUUCUAAUUCUUUUUAAGUCACGUUUCAUAGGAAUUCCCACAGUUGCUGUCAUGUCCACAGGUCAGACCAGAAUGUGUUCCAAUGCCCAGGACACGUCCUGAGGGGGUUGAACAGUUCGGAUGACUCCAGUUCUGUUGCUAUUAAACUGUAUGGGAUUCUGCACAUCAGCUUUAAUCAGCUCUCCUGCUUGAGGAAGGCUGCCUGUGAGCUUCUUCCUAAACAUUAGUGCUGAUCUUGGGCUGUUGUACUGUCCUCCAAAAUCUCUCCCAGCUUUUUAGAAAUUAAUAUUUCUUUAAAAAACAAAUGAAAUUUAGCCUACCUAAUUCUGUUGUGCAUUCUGUUACUUAUAUUGACAGUACUUGCAUAACUGUAGUAAUAAAUUCAAUAGAAAAUCGCUUAUUUCUGUAUCCUUGCUAGAGACUUGCUAUAAACUCACUAGAGACUAAAACUGUCCCUUUGAACAGAGUCCCUGAAGCUAAUCUUGUUUUUGCCCUGUAUUUAAAGGUUACUUGGUGUUUAAUUUCAAAAGAAUUCCUAGCUCCACAGUGUUCGGAUGAGGAAGUUGCCAUUAUUUUUUGAGAAAAUGAUAGUAGGAUAUACAUAACAUUGUAGGUCACAUGAUUUUGUGUGGUGAACGUUCACCACUUACUACAGGAACCACACUAUUUACAAUUUGAACUGACAAUAUUGGCAGACCCUGAAAGCUAGUAUAUUACAAAAUCUUCUGGUAUCUGAAUGAAAUGAGAAUAUUAUUUGAUAACAAGCCUGAGCAUUCAGAUCAUACUUUAAAUAUUAAACACACCAGUGUAUGUCUCAAACAAGCUUUUCAUCUUGUUUUUAGCAAGUUUGAGUUAUUUCUCUUUGAUGAGAUUUUUAUUCUACAUUAAUAACAAAAAAGAUUUGAAACUAGAACCAUGCUGAACUUUUAAUCAGUCUGGCUGCACUUGUAAGUAAUUGACUUCAGUUGAUAUGAAUACUGGGGAUUAAAUGAUAAUUAAUGUGCAAGACUGCUUUGUAUAUUUUGUGAUUUUUGUAAUGUAAGUAAAUUGAUUAACUCUUAUUUCACUGAUGAUAAUAACCAACUGUGCAGUGUACAAUUAAAAAUCAUGCAGCAUCUCUCUUAGAAUUGGAUUUGUGAUCAUGGUAUAGUUGUGGGGCAGAGAACUUAUUUUUCCAUUUGUCAAAAUAGGUAUUUGCUGACAAGGCUUCAAGAAAUAUGUUGAAUUUUUUAAAUGUAUAAUAAAGUCCAUGAUUUUUAUACAGA